CAGCGUUCGGUGAAUUAUUUACAGCGCGGCAUAAUUCAAUUUCAGUUUUUACAGAGUUAGAUAUCAAUAUUACCUGGUUUUACCUGGGUAUUACACCAGUGUACCUGGUACAAGAUUAGCCAUAGUUUUGAGCACGAGUUGUUGCAUGUUUCAAAUCCUAUAAGGAGUCGUAAUCAUAAUAACGCUUGUACGUCAUGUCCGAUCUGGGUUUUCAGGGUUCUGAUUUCGAUUUUUGGGGAGCGUUCUGGUCUAGGGGCUCAUCUUACCAUCAUGCUGAACUAUCCAGCUGCACAAAGGAACACGGCACCGAUCCUGGAGGCUCUGCUCCAGCAUGUGUCCCGCACGGCCACCGGUGUGGCGCUUGAGGUGAGCUCUGGCUCUGGGCAGCACGUGGCGGCGCUGGCACGCCAGUACCCUUCUCUGCAGUGGCAGCCUACUGAGCUGGAAUCCCGCCUGCUUGACAGCAUUGGCCAGCACACAGCCGGACUGCCGAAUGUGCGGCCGGCACGUCUGCUGGACGCUGCCGGCGACUGGGCCACCCAGCUGCCCGACAUGGAGGCCCACUCUCUGUCGCUUGUUGUCAACAUCAACAUGGUGCACAUCGCGCCGUGGCGGUGCGCGCUGGGUCUGAUGGCGGGUGCCGGUCGGCUGCUGCGGUCCGGGGCAUUGCUGAUCACCUACGGACCGUACGCCAAGGACGGUUUGCUCACGCCUCAAAGCAACGUUGAAUUUGACGCUCACCUUCGGGCCAAGAACGCCGAGUUCGGUGUUCGCGACAUCCGGGAGCUAGAGAAGGCUGCGGCGCCGCACGGCCUUCGUCUGCACGCGGAGAUCGAUAUGCCCGCCAACAAUAAGACGCUUGUUUGGAAAAAGGACUAGUUGGCAGCUCACAGCCGCCGCAUCGGUCUUCAGCUAGAGGAGCGUUUGUCAGUGGAAAUGUUGACGCAUGUAAAGCACGUCCAGUUUGGGAAUGCUGUAGAACUGUUGUACCAGGGACCAGUGAGGGGAGCAACGGUUUUAACGCAUAUUUUUAGCCCAGCCUGUGGUUGUUUCGUGUUUGGAGUUAAUUUUGAUAUCAGAUAUGCCUCGAUUAGUGAUUUUAUUGUUAACUUUCAGGGAGUAUUUUAUAUGUAGGUAUGCUGUAAUGAAUGAAAACCUCUGAACUAUGCGCGCUCGUAAUUGUGUGCUAACCAGGUUGUGUCAAGUACCUACCAAUGCCCACUAAUGUCUGAUCAGCUGUAACCGCACGCUCGCAACCUACCCCAUGUAAGCUCAAAUAACGAAUGUCCGUUCCUUUUUUCUGUUUGGUCACUGAAACAGGUCUGUUGCAUCGAAACGGUUGACCUUUUGCCAAACGGCAUGCCCCACUCCAUAGUCCAACAUCCAACUUUUGCUUCUUCUGGAUAAUGGUCAAGCGGUGGGUGCGUGGUAGGAAAUGGCUUCCGCCGCGGAUGUCCGCCAAACUCACGUACCUAUGCUGUUUCUUGUAGGUGGAGGAAGUGUGCCUUUGAACUCGCCCAAUACAGUUUACUCACUUUACUGGUCACA